CCGAGAAUAAAUAUAUAUAAGCCAGAUAACAUUAGAUUCUAAAAGUUAGUUCAACCAGUUUACUUACUUUUUUGUACAUCUCCAGCCCCCCCAAAGAAGAGAAGUAACCUAUAUACAAACCGAAUUAUACACAAAGGUGAAACAUCCAUACCUCCCCCUUGUUUCCUUUAUUUUUUUUAUAACACACCACUCCCCUCUUGGAGUUUUAGUAUAAUUUAAGAUUGAUAAUCUUGAAAAGUAUACAAUUCAAGCUCAAAUACCCAUUGAUAGCAGUAUAAAUCACAAAAGAUUUUAUUUAAUACAAUUUUCUCUUUUUAAGGGUCCCUCAAAUCCUCGUUAGCGCGUCUCCAACUACAGCCGUGUAUCAGAGUUUUAUUGAUUGAUUUAAAUUUAAAAGGAGUCAAAUAUAUACAAUAUCAAGCAUUUAGAAAUGUCGUUUACAAACUAUACCAAUGAGGGAAAUUUUGGCGGAAAGUCAUUUGAACCGCCACCACCAGAAGUUACUGAGCCUUCAUCUAGAACACCACCCUCAUCCGAAAUGGGGCAAAGUAUUUAUGGAGGCGGGAAUUUUAAUGGAUUAAAUUAUUCCCAGGCUAAUCCAAAUCUUUCAAGCCCUCAAACACAUUUUGUUCAGAAUAAUAAUAACAUUACUCAUAGUAAUAUGCCACCAUCAAAUUAUCAAUUUACAAACCCUUGGCAACCUGGUCCACCUCAAUUAUCACCACCACAACAACAACGUAGACCAUCAAGUUUAGAUUCCAUGAACAUCUGGGGCUCUACAGCUGGGUCGGCAAAUGUCCCAUCUAUUUGGGCCAAUCCUGGACCUUAUCCACAUCGAACAUCAUUACCAUCGGCUGGAUCAAUUGGUGAUGUAUUUGGAGGGAAUAAGAAUGGUCCGAAUUUCAAUAAUCCUACACCUGCAGCAAAUUUUAAUAUUGUUCCCAAUAACAGAAGAUCAUUUGGAGAUGUAUCAUUUAGCUCAGAUCACGCUCCAGUGUAUGACAUGCAUAUUUAUGAAACAGCGCACAAUAACAACAACACUAAUAUGGGUCAUAUGGGAAGUCAAUUUGAUUUCAAUUCUCGUAGACAUUCAUAUGCUGGAGAUUCACAAAUGUAUCAAAAGGAUCACAUAUCUCCAAGGUUCCAACCUGCAGCACUCGAUACUUCAAAAGAAGAAGAAGGUGAGACAUGUGAUCAAGAUUCUGUUAGUGCCGUUCAUGAAUAUUUUACAUCUGAUCCACAUGAAAGAGUAAGAGUAACCAAGAAAUUUCUUAAUGAACGGUUUUUCGAAGAAGAGAAAUAUUUGACAGAUGCUUAUCAAUUGCCAAAUUUCCCAGUUGAAAACUCUUUAAGAAAUUAUCAACUCGUAUUGGUUGGAUUUAAAGCUGGUAGAAUCGACGUCUUCUAUCUACCAAUGGGUCAAAAUGAGAGUUGGAUGAAUGAUCUCAAAAUUGGGGAUUUAGUUAUUGUGGAAGCAGAUAGAGGUAGAGAUUUAGGGAAAGUAUUUAAGUUGAAUAUUUCGAUUGAUGAAGCAAGGUUGAUGAAAUUACUUCAAUUUCAAGAACAACAAGCAGCAUUAUCAGAUUUAGAUUCUCAAUCGAAUUCUUCAACUGAUACUGCAUUAUCAAUUAAAAAUAUCCAACAUCAUUCAAGUCCUCCUACUUUACAUUUCCCUAAACCAAUAAUUGGACUUGCUCAACCAAAUGAAAUAUCUCAAAUUUCUAAUAAGAAACAAGACGAAGAAAAGGCUUGUAGAUUAUGUUUGGCCAAAAUAUCAAAUACCACCACGAUUGGUCAGUCAGAUUUACUACAAAUGAAGUUGAUUGAUGCAGAAUAUCAGUUUGAUAGAAAGAAGUUGAUAUUUUAUUAUUCAACUUCAAAAAGAAUUGAUUUUAGAGACUUGGUGAGGGAAUUGUUCAGGAUAUACAAGACAAGAAUCUGGAUGUGCGCAGUAAUUGGGCUUCCGUAUGUACCGGGUCAACAAAACCAACUGCAGAAACAACAACUAUCACAAAAGUCAAGCACUCAACAUGAUAAUACCUAUACACAAGGUGGUGGAGGUGCAAGUGGAAAUGGAGGAUUUUAUUCAGGGCUGCAAAAUAAGAAAUUAAAUGGACAUCAAGGCUAUAAUAUGCAGAAUCCACAACAUUUUCAACAACAACAACAACAACAACAAUUACAUUCAAAUAUGGUUGGAUCUAUCCAUAUGAAUGAUACAUUUAGACAAGAUUUAAACCAGGGAAUAUUUGGAAAUGGAUCAGUUCCUAAUAAUUUGCCACAGAUACAACGUCAAAAUUCUUUGACAUAUCAAAAUUUGAUCAAUCCAUAUGCCGAAAGAAGACAAUCUCAUGUAGGGUCCAACCAGUUAAUGCAUACUGGGCCAGAUCAAUCUAGAUUCAUGGAUGUCAUACCACGUAAAUUCAAUGGACUUGAAAAUAGGGAAGAUCCAUCAACGAAUGAAUCAUUUGUGUUAAAGUCACUAGUAGAUUCAAUUGAUCAUUAGACAUGGGUGAGGGUUUGCGAAGUAGAAAGGGUUAGGGAUUUUUUUUACUACUAUAAAUUUUUGGGACUAUAUAAAACAGUAUAACAAGAUAAAAUAAAGAGAUGAAACGGACUCGGGG